AUGAACGGGGAAAAACAAAAAUUGAUGGUAAUAGGUAAGAGUCAGAACCCACGGUGUUUUAAGGGAGUGAAAACAUUACCAGUAGAUUACAAGGCAAACAAAAACGCUUGGAUGACUGCAGCAAUUUUCAAAAAUUGGCUGAUCAAUUGGGAUAAAGUGCUCAAUCGGAACAUUUUAUUACUCAUUGAUAAUUGUCCAGCUCAUAUCAUUGACUGCAUAAACUUAAGACAAAUAAAAGUUAUUUUCUUACCAGCAAAUACUACUUCGAUCAUUCAACCAUGCGACCAAGGUAUCAUACGUACCUUCAAAGCUUAUUACAGAUCAGCAAUAAGGGGAAAAGUUCUAGCAGUGAUUGAUAAUGGUCUACACGAUGCAUCUUGUUCCUUACAAGCUAACGAUAUAGCAAAAAAAAAUAACCAUUCUUGA